AUGUGUUGUGUUGCAGGUACUGCUUGCCCCGGCGACUGCCCGCCAGAGCUGGCGCCAGUCUGCGGCAACGACGGCAUCACGUACCGCAACCUGUGCCAGCUCAGGAGGAAGUCCUGCGUCGGUGGAGCGGCCAUCAGGGUGUCACACGUGGGGCAGUGCGAAGAGGAGACGGUGGCGGACCCGUGCGAGUCCCUGGAGUGCGGGCCGUGGUCGCGCUGCCAGGUGUCUGGGGGCGCCGCGACGUGCCGAUGCCUCUCCUGCCCUCCGCCGCCAGCUCCGGGCUCCAGGUCGGGGUCUGGGUCCCACGUCUGCGGCUCCGACGGUAGGGACUACGGCUCGGAGUGCGAGCUGCACGCCGCCGCCUGCCGUCUGGGCGACACACAGCUGGCAUUACGCCACCACGGAAAGUGUGAUCCUUGCAGAGGCGUGGUGUGCGCGGAGCCCGGCGCGGUGUGCAGGGCAGGAGUUUGCACCUGCCGGGACGACUGCCCGCGCGACGCUCCUGCCGAGCGGGUUUGCGGCAGCGACGGGCGCACGUACCGCAGCGAGUGCCGCCUGCACCUCGCGUCGUGCCGCAGACCACGUGGCCGCUCCCCUAUCACCGUGGCCUUCUACGGCGACUGCAGGGCGGCCGACGAAGAGACGGCCGUGGUGGCUCUGACGUCUACGACGGCGUUCUCGGUGUCGCCGACGCCGCUGUCCACCCUGCCCGGAGACUACGACGCGGACGGCGUGCAGAAGGUGUCCAAGUCCACGCGGCACCUGGCGCUGGCCGAGGCAGUGGCGGGGGCGGCGGGGGCGGUCAGCCACCAGCAGUACCUGCUGCCGGACGCCGGGGCCGGCCUCACGUCGGCGUCGCUCUACCGGGGGCUCUCCGACCACCCGGACACGGAGUCGCUGUACUCGGCGGUGUACCGGCCGACGCCUGCGACGCUGUCGUCGUUGCUGGGCGGCGCCUGCUCCACGGACGGCGACUGUUCGGUGGCCGACAGCCGCUGCCAGGAAAACACCUGCCGCUGCGGCCCGGACCGCACCCCCUCACACGAUCGCCGACACUGUCUGGUUUAUCAAGUCCCGUCAUUUGAUGGGCAGGCUUAUAUCGAGAUGAAGCGCCUCAAAGCACACAACAAACUGAAUAUUGAAAUAGAAUUCAUCACGUACGCGAACGACGGACUUCUGCUCUACAACCAGCAGAAAGAGGAUGGGACAGGAGACUUUGUCUCCCUGGCUAUUGUUCAAGGCCACGUGGAGUUCAGGUACAACCUGGGCAAUGGCGCGGUGAGGCUGACGUCAGCAGAGCGCGUCACGCUGGGCAGGGUGCACGUGGCGAGGGCGCGCCGCUACCACCGCGACGGGCUGCUGCGGCUGGACGACGGGCCCGAGGUGGUGGGCCAGAGCCAGGGGCCGCUGCGCGCGCUCAACCUCGAACUCAGCGCCUACCUCGGCGCCGUGCCUACCAACCACUCCAGAAAACAAGUUGACAUCACACGUCUUGACAUCAUGCUGCCAUCUUCAGGUUCCCAGAUGUCACUGUUACAAACGUGGGCACGGCCCGCGGGCUGGUGGGGUGCGUGCGGCGGCUGCGGCUGGGCCAGCAGACGGUGGUGCUGGAGGAGGGCGGCGCGCUCGUGCUGCGCUCUAGCGGCGUGCGCCAGUGCGGCCGCAGCCCGUGCGCCCACCUGCCCUGCCAGAACGCCGCCACCUGCUCCCCCACCGGCGACGACACCUUCCACUGCGACUGCCCGCCGCAGUUCACAGGUCCGUACUGUGAGAGCAAAACCAACUCAUGUGCUUGGAGCCCUUGUGUGGCUGGAUCAUGGUGCGAAGUGUCACCUGAAGGAGGUUUUACAUGCAACUGUGGACCGACAAGCAUCAAACUUCCCUGCUAUGACUGGCCUGUCUUCCACAGUUGAUGCCGAAAAUCAGGAAGCAUUUGUGCCAGAAUUUGAUGGGAACUCGUUCAUAGAGCUUCCUAGGCUGGAAGGUGUCGGCAAGGCUUUUGCUAUGGAACUGUGGUUUCUGACAAGAGCGGUGGAUGGUGUGCUCUUGUACAGCGGUCAAAGACUGGAUGGAAAGGGCGAUUAUAUAGCCCUAGUUCUUGUCAGUGGCUACGUGCAGUUCCACUUCGAACUUGGCAGUGGUCCAGGAAAAACAGUUACUACAAACGGAAUAACUCUGAAUCAGUGGCACUCGGUGAAGGUCAGCUACAUGGACCGAGAGGGCACACUGCAACUUGAUGACGGCCCCACCGCAACGGGUAUGUCUGGAGCGCCAUUAAACGAGCUCAAUCUGGAUCUACCGCUGUACAUAGGAGGCCUGCCGGCCACAAUGUACACCGGCGUGAUCCCGCUGCCCAACUUGGUGGGCGCGGUGCAGCGGCUGGUGGUGAACGGGCAGAUCCUGGAGAACCUGGGCGAGGGCGUGGCCUCCGUGUCCAGGUGGGCGGGGCCGCCCUGCACGGCGCACACGUGUCUGCACGGCGGCGCCUGCCAGCCCAGGCUCAACUCCUUCCUCUGCCGCUGCCCGGCGCGCUUCCGGGGACCGCGCUGCCAGUACGUCGAUACUGAAGGAGCUACUGACUCGACACCAGUGAAGUUCACUGGCAACACAUACGUGAAAUUGUCAGUCGCUGCAGAUACAAGUAUUAACGGCUCUAUGAAGCACUUAGUAAACGAGACAUUCGUGUAUAGUGAUAAUCAAGGAGGAAAUGAAAGAAACCUUGAAAUAACUGGAAAUGACAUUUACGAACAUAGCGAUUACUAUGAAGAAGACAAGGAUGACGAUGAGAGUGAUAUAGGUGGCAAUCACUUCAUAGAAGGAGACACCUCAUUUUCUCCUGAGAAACAGGCGCACUUCGAAAAUCUGGCAUAUCGUACUUUGCCAGUUGGAGAAAUAAACGGGAGAUUUUUUCACUAUGAGGUCACAUUUCACACACUGGAAGCUAGCGGCCUGCUCUUAUGGAAUGACAGAAAGACUAGGCACAGAAGUAAUUAUGUGGCUCUUGCAAUUUCUGAUGGGUAUUUGGAACUUAGGUACAGACUUGGUAAAACCAAAUAUUCAGCUUCACUUCAGUCGAAGGUUUAUGUAAGUGAUGGGGAAAUACAUACGGUAGUGGCAGAGAUUCACUGGAAAUACAGUUUUCUCCAAGUGGAUGAUGAACAUCCGAAACAAAAAUUCACUAAAGGCAAUAAUAUUAGACGAUCCUUGGCACAGGAUAUAUGGAUAGGUGGAAUGGGAAGCUUACCAUCAGGACUACCAACGGCAUACUACUCAGGAUUCUUAGGCUGCAUGCACAGGCUCGUUGCACAAAAAGAAUUGAUAGAUCUACAAAGUGGAGAGGCAAGCAAUAUUACACUUUCACAAUGUAAUGAGAAUGAAGUGUAACCGGUGCUU